AACAGAGAGAACUGUGGAGAACUUCAGCUCUGCCUCCUGAUUACUGAUUAUCCAUCUGCUAGUUUGAACUGGAACAAUCUGAUUAAAUAUGAUCUUUGUUCUAAAAGCGUUCAUUAACCAUCUGUUUGUUUGUAUCAGGAUGAAGAGACAGAGACCAGACUCUCCUGGACCCAGCUGUGUGUCCAUGAAGAGUGACCGGUCUAAGGGUCUUCCUCAUAACUUUAAAGAUGGACUUCCUGCUGAUGGAAGGAUGAAGAGACAGAGACUAGACUCUCCUGGACCCAGCUGUGUGUCCAUGAAGAGUGACCGGUCUAAGGGUCUUCCUCAUAACUUUAAAGAUGGACUUCCUGCUGAUGGAAGAGUUCAACAGGAGAGCUCUGAGGUUCACAGAGAUCAACCAGACCAGCAGAAUCUAACAGACCUAGACUCCAUCUUUAUGCUGCUGGAGGAGAACAUCGUCACCUUUGUGAAGAACGAGCUGAAGAGAGUCCAGAGGGUUCUGAGGCCAGAUUACUCAGAAUGCUUAGAGAGUCAGAGUGAGGAUGAAGAGCAGGGGAGAAGCUGUAAAGAUGAUUUUUUGAAGAUCACUCUCCUCUUCCUGAGGAGAAUGAAGCAUGGGGAGCUGGCUGACUGUCUGCACAGCAGAACGUUUGGUCCAGUGUGCCAACAAAAACACAAAUCUAACCUGAAGGAGAAGUUCCAGUGUGUGUUUGAGGGGAUUGCUAAAGCAGGAAACCCAACCCUUCUGAACCAGAUCUACACAGAGCUCUACAUCACAGAGGGAGGGACUGGAGAGGUCAAUGAUGAACACGAGGUCAGACAGAUUGAAACAGCAUCCAGGAAACCACACAGACCAGAAACAACCAUCAGACAAGAAGACAUCUUUAAAGCCUCACCUGGAAGAAAUGAACCAAUCAGAAGAGUGAUGACAAAGGGAGUGGCUGGCAUCGGGAAAACAGUCUUAACACAGAAGUUCACUCUGGACUGGGCUGAAGACAGAGCCAACCAGGACAUACAGUUCACAUUUCCAUUCACUUUCAGAGAGCUGAAUGUGCUGAAAGAGAAAAAGUUCAGCUUGGUAAAACUUGUUCAUCACUUCUUUCCUGAAGCAGGAAUCUGCAGGUUUGAAGAGUUCCAGGUUGUGUUCAUCUUUGACGGUCUGGAUGAGUGUCGACUUCCUCUGGACUUUAAAAACAACCAGACCCUGACUGAUGUCACAGAGUCCACCUCAGUGGAUGUGCUGCUGACAAACCUCAUCAAGGGGAAACUGCUUCCCUCUGCUCGCCUCUGGAUAACCACACGACCUGCAGCAGCCAAUCAGAUCCCUCCUGAGUGUGUUGACAUGGUGACAGACGUGAGAGGGUUCACUGACCCACAGAAGGAAAAGUACUUGAGGAAGAGGUUCCGGGAUGAGGAGCAGGCCAACAGAAUCAUCUCCCACAUCAAGACAUCCCGAAGCCUCCACAUCAUGUGCCACAUCCCAGUCUUCUGCUGGAUCACUGCUACAGUUCUGGAGGAUGUGCUGAAGACCAGAGAGGGAGGAGAGCUGCCCAAGACCCUGACUGAGAUGUACAUCCACUUCCUGGUGGUUCAGUCCAAACUGAAGAACAUCAAGUAUGAUGGAGGAGCUGACACAGAUCCACACUGGAGUCCAGAGAGUAGGAAGAUGAUUGAGUCUCUGGGGAAACUGGCUUUUGAGCAGCUGCAGAAAGGAAAGCUGAUCUUCUAUGAGUCAGACCUGACAGAGUGUGGCAUUGAUAUCAGAGCAGCCUCAGUGUACUCAGGAGUGUUCACACAGAUCUUUAAAGAGGAGAGAGGACUGUACCAGGACAAGGUGUUCUGCUUCAUCCAUCUGAGUGUUCAGGAGUUUCUGGCUGCUCUUCAUGUCCAUCUGACCUUCAUCAACUCUGGAGUCAAUCUGAUGUCAGAAGAUCAAACUACAUCCAGGUCUGAAGUAUCAAGAGAAAAACCUGACCCAACACUUUUAUAUCAGAGUGCUGUGGCCCAGGCCUUACAGAGUCCAAAUGGACACCUGGACUUGUUCCUCCGCUUCCUCCUCGGUCUUUCUCUAGAGACCAAUCAGAAUCACAUACGAGGUUUGCUGACACACACAAGAAGUGGCUUACAGACCUAUCAGAAUCUCUUGAAAGGUCUGCUGACAUGGACAGGAUGGGGCUCACAGACCAAUCAGAAAACAGUCGAGUACAUCAAGGAGAAGAUCAGUGAGGAUCUGUCUGCAGAGAAAAGCAUCAAUCUGUUCCACUGUCUGAAUGAACUGAAUGAUCGUUCUCUAGUGAAGGAGAUCCAACAGUCCCUGAGAUCAGGACGUCUCUCCACAGAUAAACCGUCUCCUGCUCAGUGGUCAGCUCUGGUCUUCAUCUUACUGUCAUCAGAAGAAGAUCUGGAUGUGUUUGACCUGAAGAAAUACUCUGCUUCAGAGGAGGCUCUUCCGAGGCUGCUGCCUGUGAUCAAAGCUUCAAACAAAGCUCUGUUGAGUGCCUGUAACCUCUCAGAGAGAAGCUGUGAAGCCCUGUCCUCAGUCCUCAGCUCCCAGUCCUCUAGUCUGAGAGAGCUGGACCUGAGCAACAACAACCUGCAGGAUUCAGGAGUGAAGCUGCUGUGUAGUGGUUUAGAGACUCUGCACUGUACACUGGAAACUGUCAGGCUGAGUGUCUGUAACCUCUCAGAGAGAAGCUGUGAAGCUCUGUCCUCAGUCCUCAGCUCCCAGUCCUCUAGUCUGAGAGAGCUGGACCUGAGCAACAACAACCUGCAGGAUUCAGGAGUGAAGCUGCUGGCUGCUGGACUAAAGAGUCCACUCUGUAGACUGGACACUCUGAGUCUGUCAGGUUGUCUGAUCACAGAAGAAGGUUGUGUGUCUCUGGCCUCAGCUCUAAGCUCCUUCCCCCUGAGAGAGCUGGACCUGAGCUACAAUCAUCCAGGAGAACAAGGAGAGAAGCUGCUGUCUGCUGGACUGGAGGAUCCACACUGCAGACUGGAGACACUGAGGUUGGACCAUGGUGGACUGCACAAACUGAAACCUGGUCUGAGGAAGUACGCCUGUGAGCUGGAACUGGACACAAACACAGUGAACAGAAAACUGAAACUGUCUGACAACAACAGGAAGGUGACAUGGGGGGAGUGGUUUCAAUCAUAUCCUGAUCAUCCAGACAGAUUUGAAAACUCUCAGCUGCUGUGUAGGACUGGUCUGACUGGUCGCUGUUACUGGGAGGUCGAGUGGAGAGGAGGGGUUGAUGUAUCAGUGAGUUACAGAGGAAUUAAAAGGAAAGGAGGCAGAGAUGAAUGUGUGUUUGGAUGUAAUGAUCAGUCCUGGAGUCUGAUCUGCUCUGAUGGAGGUUACUCUGUCAGACACAAUAACAUAAGAACAAACAUCUCCUCCUCCUCCUCUGUCUCUAACAGAGUAGCAGUGUAUGUGGACUGUCCUGCUGGCUCUCUGUCCUUCUACAGAGUCUCCUCUGACACACUGAUCCACCUCCACACCUUCAACACCACAUUCACUGAACCUCUCUAUCCUGGGUUUGGCUUUGGGUUUGGGUUUGGGUUUGGGUAUAGGUCCUGGUCUCAUGGUUCUUCAGUGUCUCUGUGUGGUGUGUCGGACUGAGAAACACUGCUGACUGAAGAUCAGCUGACUCUGUUCACUCUGUCCAGCUGGUCUGUUUCAUGGUUGGGGGGCGUGGUAAUGGGGGGUGGGGGGUGAAUGGGGGUUAAAUGUUCUACAUUACAGAAGAACAAUGGACCCCCCUCUGUGAUGUCUGUAUUGUUCUGAUGUCACCAAUAAAAAAUAAGAGACAAAAAAAG